GGGAGCGAAGCUCCAAGGCGGAGGAGGCGAAGGAGGAGGAGGUGGGAGUCGAUGCAAAAGCAGUCUGCAAACAUUUGCAGCACAAUGGGUCGCAGCGAGGAGCUCAGUGAGUUUCAGCGGGGCACCGUGGUGGGAUGCUACCUGUGCAAGAAGUCCGUCCGUGAGAUCUCGGCGAUGUUAAACCUGCCCCGGUCCACUGUCAGCGCCGUGAUUUUAAAGUGGAAGCGUGGAGGAAUAACGACGGCACUGCCCCGGAGCGGCCGACCGCACAAGCUGAAAGAGGAGGAUCGCCAAGUGCUGGAGAGAGUGGCGCUGGAGAAGUGUUUGCCCUCCAUAAAAGCGCUCACCGCCGAGUUUCAGAGCGCAUCCGGAGCCAGCGUGAGCUCCACCACGGUGCGCAGGGAGCUUCAUGAGAUGGGUUUCCGAGGCCGUGUGUCCUCAUACGGCAAGCCCAAAGGAGUGCCGAAGGUGGCAAAGAAGCAGGUGGACGUGUCCCGCCUGGACCUACGUAUUGGACGUGUAGUCACGGUCCAGCAGCUUCCAGACACUGAUGGGCUGUUCGUGGAGCAGAUCGAUGUGGGAGAGGCUUUUCCCAGGACGGUGGUCAGUGAACUGUCUCAGCACGUACCUGUGGAGCAGAUGCAGAAUCGUAUGGUGGUCCUGCUGUGUAACGAGAGGCCAGUGGAGACGAGAGGAAUUGUGAACCAGGCCAUGCUCAUGUGUGCCUCGUCACAAGACAAGCUGGAAAUCCUUGAUCCUCCAAACGGAGCGAUACCAGGGGAUAGAGUGACUUUCCAGGGAUUCCCAGGGGAGCCCGAUAAAGAGCUGAACCCCAAACAGAAGGUGUGGGAGCAGGUUCAGCCAGACCUGCGCACAGACGGCCAGUGCGUCGCAACCUACAAAGGAGCUGCCUUUGAAGUAGCUGGAAAGGGAGUUUGCAAAGCCCAAACCAUGUCUGACUGUGAGAUUAAGUAAAUGAUCAGUUCUCUGCAGCCUUGCGGGAUCCAAGAAAUUGCGGAAAAGGAUUCCCAGAAUAGUGGAGACUGUUAUUUUAACGCCCACUGUCUGGGGGGACAUGUCCAGAAAACAAAAUCACACAGGUGUGAUGCUGGGUGGUCACGUAGUUUUUGCUAUAAAGCAAGUGAAAUAAUUGCGAGGUACCCGAUGUUGGAUGGACUUGAGAUUUACUUAAAUUACUUUUUCUUUUUUUUAACAGAAAAAAAAAAUGUAGUUUUGAAUUUGGCCAACUGAGGGCACUAGCAUACCCCAUCACAAUGUGCAAUAUGUGUCUUGGUGGUUUGUUCACAUGAGAGCAUUCACCACACAGGCUGCCUCAGCGUAGUGAAAAGAAAAGGGGAAAAUCCUUUUUUUUUUUUUUUUUUUUUUUUUAUUCUGGGAACUCUUUGUUAAAAUGUCGUUUUCCGUUAAGACAUUUAAAGUGUUUUCAUUUUCAUUUAACAAGGCAUGAAACUGUUCAGAAGUCCCGUUUGAGAAACGGGAGAUUGACUGAUCUCGUUGGGGGUUUUUUUUGUUUUGUUUUUUCAUUGAUGAGUGAGAAUGAACCGAAAAUCAAUCCAUCAUGAAACAGACUUUCCACUGACUCCUACAUGUUGUUUAGCAAUCAACAAAGUCUGUGAUUUUUGCUUCUGUUAAUCCAGGAAGUGUUAUCUUAAAUGAAAAAAAUCCAUCUUUGGUUUUUCGGUGGCUUCCUGAAAUAUCAAACAAAUACUUCAGAGUCUUUUGAUUUGAAUGUAAAAGUGUUUUAAACUGUCUUCAAGUUUUGUAUGCUGUUUGCUUUGCUCUUGUGUUUCCCUGGUGGAUUGUUGUCCAUGAGAGCAGCUCUGGCUGUGAGCGCAGAAGCCCCGCCCACCCUGCUUAUCGGAUGUUUUGUUUGCAAGGGUCAGCCAAUCGGAAGACACCUGGCUUAAAGGGAGGGGAAGGGGUUGAAAGGGAAAAAAUGUGUUUUUGAACUCUGCCAUGCUUCAGAUCGUGACUUGGUCUUUGUUUUGAAACAGUGCGCCAAGCUGUUGAGGAGGCUGCUAAAAAAAAGUGAAAGACAAACAAAGUAUUUCUUCCUUUAUUAUAAAGGAGAACUUAAAACUAUGGGCCGAGAAUGGGGAUGUGAUUGAUGUGAUUCAGGAACCAAGAAGUGGAACAAAAUGUCCAAGACGCCAUGUCCCAGGUCUUUGUUUGACAGUGCAGAGCACAAAGGGAAUGGUGUGAUUCUCUAGAAACAAAAAAGAAAAUGUUACUCACUACUUCAGCACAACAUGACAAAGAACCAAUGUUUAUAAUGCGGUCAACAGCAUGGAGGGGGAGUGUUGACUAAUGCUAGAGAAUGACAUUAAUAAAAACCAUUUUAAUAUCUGAAAAGGUUAUGGAGUGUUAUGAAUGUCACGUCACCCCCACCCACCUCCACCUACAGUGCAAUCUCUUCAUGGACUAACCCACGGGGUAACCCAGAGUGGAGGUACUGUACAGGUUCAUGACUGAGAUGACACGGUCCUGCAACCACACAGCCCGUCGACGCGACGCGGUUUGCUGGAGGGGAAAGUUAGCAAACGC